CGAUAUAUAUUAUAUAUAUUAAUAUAUGUGUAAUUAAGAAGUUACUUUCAUCAAUCGUAAGUUUAAAUCCAUAAAGAAAAAAGUAUUAAGAAAGAAAGAAAAAAGAUGAAAGGUGUAGAGAACACCUUCUCACUGUUCUUGCUCGUCUUGAUUCUAUUUCAUCCUACUCUUUCAAUCGAUGUCAACAUCUUGUCGUCAACAGACUCUCUCACAAUCUCAAGCAACAGAACACUUGUAUCUCCCGGUGGAGUCUUCGAGCUUGGUUUCUUCAAACCCUCGUCACUCUCGCGUUGGUAUCUUGGGAUAUGGUAUAAGACAGUCAUCGUCAAAACAUACGUAUGGGUCGCCAACAGAGACAACCCUCUCUCUACUUCGGUUGGAACCCUUAAAAUCUCUGGCAACAAUCUUGUCCUACUAGGUGACUCUAAUACCUCUGUUUGGUCGACAAAUAUUACUAGAGGAAAUAUUAAUUCUCCGGUGGUAGCAGAGCUUCGCCCCAACGGUAAUUUUGUAAUGAGAUACUUCAACAACACUCCAAGUGGAUUCUUGUGGCAGAGUUUCGAUUUUCCGACAGAUACUUUACUUCCGGAGAUGAAACUAAGUUACCAUCACAAAACAGGGCGCAACUUGUUCCUCACAUCAUGGAGAAGUUCAGAUGAUCCGUCAAGCGGUGAUUUCACGUACAAACUGGACGUUCGAAGGGGAUUGCCCGAGUUCUUUGUUAAGAAAAAUGAUGUUGAAUUGGAACGGAGCGGUCCGUGGAAUGGAAUCGAGUUUAGUGGCAUACCGUUGCAUAAGCUAAAUUACAUGGUUAAAGAUGAUUAUAUCGAAAACAUUGAGGAGGUGGCUUUUAGGUUCCUAAUGGCAAACCAAAGUAUCUACUCGAGAUUAACAAUCAGUGAGUUAGGGUACCUCAAGCGAUUCACGUUGAUCCCGCCACCAUGGGAAUGGAGAAUGUCAUGGAGUUUCCCAAUGGACGAAUGCGAUUAUUAUAAACACUGUGGACCUUAUGCCUAUUGUGACAGAAGCACGUUACCUACAUGUAACUGUUUCGAAGGGUUCGAUCCCAUGAACCGUCAGCAGUGGGACCUGAGAGAAGGAUCAGAUGGGUGUGUUAGGAGGACACCCCUGAGCCGCAGCGGAAAUGAGUUUUCACUGCUAAAGAAUACGAAGCUACCGGAUACUAGGCAGGCUAUAGUUGAUUGGAGCUUUGAUGUGAAAGAAUGUCAAGAGAGUUGCCUUAGCGAUGGUAACUGUACGUCCUUCGCGACUGCGGAUGUUCGAGACGGAACGGGUUGUGUGAUUUGGAGCGGAGAGCUCUAUGAUACCCGGACGUACUCCUUCGGUGGUCAGGAUCUGUAUGUCAAAGUGGCUAAUGUUGAUACAGUUCUUUCCUCGGACAAGAGGAGAGACGGAAAUGGAAAAAUUAUAGGUUGGAGUAUAGGAGUCAGUUCUAUGAUUAUUCUGAGUGUUAUCGUGUUCUGCUUUUGGAAGAGGAGACAAAAGCAAGCAAAAGCAGCUGCAACGCCUAUAGUGAGAAAAAAAAUGAAUGGGGUGGUACCAUCACUUAGACAAAAAAAAUUGUCUAUGAAGAACGAGGUAGAAGAUUUAGAACUUCCACUGGUGGAGUUUGACGCUGUUCUCACAGCCACCGAACAUUUUUCUGAUUGUAACAAGAUCGGAAAAGGUGGCUUUGGUGUUGUUUACAAGGGAAAGUUACUUGACGGGCAAGAAGUUGCGGUGAAGAGACUAUCGGAAAUGUCAUCUCAAGGUACAAAUGAGUUCAUGAACGAGGUCAGGCUAAUUGCACGACUUCAGCACAUAAACCUUGUCCAACUUGUUGGAUGUUGUGUCGAUGAGGGCGAGAAGAUAUUAAUCUACGAGUACUUGGAGAAUCGAAGCCUCCAUUCUCAUCUCUUUGAUUUAACCAGAAGCCGUAUGCUAAAUUGGCAAAUGAGAUUUGAUAUUAUCAAUGGCAUUGCUCGAGGGAUUCUGUAUCUUCACCAAGACUCAUCCAUUCGAAUAAUCCAUAGGGAUUUGAAAGCAAGCAAUGUCUUGCUUGACAAACAUAUGACUCCCAAAAUUUCGGACUUCGGAAUGGCUAGAAUCUUUGGACGAGAUGAGACGGAAGGUAACACGAGGAAGGUGGUCGGAACUUACGGCUACAUGUCCCCAGAAUACCUUAUAGAAGGGAAAUUCUCCAUAAAAUCUGAUAUUUAUAGUUUUGGAGUCUUACUCCUUGAAAUUAUAAGUGGCAAGAGGAAUAAAGAAUUCAACAACUCGGGCCGUCACUAUAAUCUUCUUGAAUAUGUGUGGAGGAAUUGGAAAGAAGGUCAAGGUCUAGAGAUCGUAGACAGGGUCAUCUCAGAAUCUUCAUCACCAACGUUCAGGCCACGUGAAAUCUUAAGGUGCUUACAAAUUGGCCUCUUGUGUGUUCAAGCACGUGUAGAAGAUAGGCCACUGACGUCCGCAGUUGUGUUGAUGCUGGGAAGCGAAGCAGAAGAGAUUCCUCAGCCUAAACCGCCAGGUUACUGCCUCAUAGGAAAUUCCCUCGAAACUUAUUCGACUUGGAGACAGCCAGACCAUGAUACUUGCACAGUCAACCAAAUCACCAUGUCGAUUAUAGACGCUCGGUGAUGUGAUAGCCUUUAUCAAUCUAAAAUAAAUUAAUGUCUUAGUUCUCCAAAGUCAGUUACAACGUUCUUGAAUACUCCGGAUAAGCUAAAGAAGACUUAAACUAGAGUGGUUAUCUCUUAACCAUAAUAAACCAGCAUUCUAUAACUCUUUUUGAUAUCUAUCUUAUUAAAGUAGAAGUACUUUAAGCUUUUGUUUGGUAAUAGGGAUAAGAGUCUUUAAAAAAAAAAUUUUGUUUGGUAACAAAGAUAGUAGAGAAUUUUGUUUUUUCCUUAUUUAAAUGAUAGAUUUAAGUAUUUAA